GACUCUUUGCAGUCGAUAGCAAUGCCUGCCGUAUUUCUGUCAUCGUUGCACUUGUGAUGUGCCUCGAGAGAUCGUCGCGUACGUUCUAUUCGCUCUUUGUUGCAUUUAUCGUUAAGAAGUAGGUCUGUUUGUUGGCACGAGAAACGAAAAUCGAGGUGGUCUAUCAACGCGCUUCGUUAUAGCGUGAAAGAGGGAGAGGAGGAGCAUCGUGCGACGAUCGGCUUCGAGCGUUUUUAUCCGAGACGAGAUAGUAAGACAGCUCGGAUUAAAAUGAAGUGACCAUAAGGAAGAUCGAGGGAGGCAAACGUCGACGUUAUUCCCGACGGGUAAAGAGCGACGAAGAUCUCGAGUCGAACAAACGAGGAUUCUCGAAACGACGUAGUCGUCUCCAGCGAAGCUUCACCGUGUCUGUCCCGUUCUUCCAUACUCUCGAGUGCUCGAGAAAGUAGUCGUCGAGCGUGUCAACGUCCUCUCUUCCGUCUGUUAUUUUUCUUGGAGCAAUCUCGAGCGGUUUGCGACUCGUAUCCGGUCGUGUACGAGAUAAACUCGCAAAGACGACCCUGAAUGAUGCGGCGAGAGAUACGUCUCGCCAUAAAAAAGCGUGCAUCUCGGAACGAUUCCAAAAGAUUUCCGUGAUCUUCGCCGACGUAAAGAGACGGAUUCGUAGGAGGAUCGAAGAGGGGACGAGGAUUUCGAUAGCGCAAAAGGGGCGAAAGAGGGGAAGGAUUUGAAAGAGAAGGACGAAAAGGGAGUGGAUAAAGAGGAGUGAGAGAGAGAGAGCGAGCGAGCUAGAGAGAGAGGGAGAGAGAAACGUCGAUCGCGGUCGUAGGACGAUGUUGGCCUUCCGCAGCGCGAAGAAAAAUCUCGUAACCGACGCAGUGACGUCGUCGUGAGGGACUCGUCUCCUUGAUACCCGAGGCACGAAACGUGCCGUUUCUUCGAUGUCGAACAUGUUUGGCUGUCCUAGAGAGGCCGUGCGAGUCAAAGUGAAGAAAUGCGAGACCAGGCACCAACCGGAAUAUCGAAAAUUCAGCGUCGAUCCGCAGAUAACGUCGAUCGAAGUUCUUCAAAGUAUACUCAUCAAGGCAUUCGAUAUCAAAGGAGAGUUCACCGUUUCGUAUCGAGCGAUAGACGAUUAUGGCUCGGAAACGUAUCUGUUCCUUCUCUCCGAUUGGGACUUGGACGCCGCGUUCAUCAGUGCGUCGGAACCUUACCUCUAUCUGCAAGUGAACCUAAAGCCUUUCGGUGAGACAGGCGAUUGCGAUUGCUACUGGGAACAGAAUGCUCAAGAAGUGGCAACGAGACAACAGGAAACUGGCGGCUUUCCUUAUAAAACUCCCAAGUUACCCGGUCUCAUAAUGAAUAAGAUGGAAAGAACCUUAAACAUGGUGCAACGGGCGUUGGGUAACUUGAGCGACGAAUCGUCGCACCAGCAAAGUGUUCAGCCUCCUAGGCCACCUCUGACGGACGCGGAAUUUCGCCGAUUUCUAGAUCCCAUCGGUCAGGUGAUACAUUCGAAAGAAUUGAGGGCAGUUAUUUACUUCGGUGGGAUCGAGCCCAGUCUUCGAAAAGUCGUUUGGAAACAUAUUCUCAAUGUUUAUCCGGAAGGUAUGUCCGGUCGCGAAAGGAUGGAUUACAUGAAAAGGAAGGCCCAAGAGUAUCAAAAUCUUCGGGAGAGAUGGCGAGUAUUGGUUCAGAAAGGUCAAAACGUUGGUGAUCUUGGAUACGUCACCAGUAUGGUUAGAAAAGACGUUCUCAGAACGGACAGACAUCAUAAAUUUUAUGGAGGUUCGGACGACAAUCAAAAUACAGCCAGCCUUUUCAAUAUUUUGACGACUUAUGCUCUUAAUCAUCCGAGCGUCAGUUAUUGUCAAGGUAUGAGCGACCUCGCGUCGCCUCUUCUAGUUACCAUGAGGGACGAGGCGCAAGCCUACAUUUGUCUUUGCGCGCUUAUGAGAAGAUUGAAGGACAAUUUUAUGCUCGACGGCAUCGCGAUGACUACGAAAUUUGCUCAUCUUGCCGAAGGUUUGCAACAUUACGAUCCAGAAUUUUACGCUUAUCUAAAGUCGCAUCAAGCGGACGAUCUUCUAUUUUGCUAUCGCUGGCUUCUGUUAGAAAUGAAACGAGAAUUUGCCUUGGACGACGCACUGAGGAUGCUAGAGGUUCUCUGGGCCGCACUCCCCGCCCAACCACCCAACGGUGAACUAAAUCUCGCCGAAGUACCCUUCCCACCACCUUCGCCACCGCCCAGUCCAAAUGUAAAACACAUUCGCGAGAACGCUUACACGAAGGUCUGUGCGAUUAGGCGACAAAGUUCGUCGGCUUGCAUAGCGGCCAAUGGAAAGCGAAAAAAUAUCAGCGUCGAAGAAUCUGGGGUACAGCCAGCCGCGGAAAGAAACGGCGACGUUAAGAGAUCCAAUUCUCCUUACGAGACGUCCUCGGAGCCAGAAAAUGAUUUGACCUCGACCAAGAAUCGUAGAAAUUCCGAAUCGACGGAAAAAUGUUAUAGUACGGAUUCUUUGACCGGAAAAUCGAAACGCGUUAAUCUGUUGGAAUUGAAAGAAAGAUUAUCUCUUCAAAGUAGAGACCAAAAUAAAGGUACCGAACAAAAUGAUACGCCGGAAAAAAAGUGUGUGCGCGUUGUGAAAAAUUUGAACGAAUUUUUAAAUUUCACUAGCCUGAAUCGAAGUAAAGUAACGCCUAGCGAUGCCGAACCAGAACUUAGGCGAGUUUCAAGCGAGAGCGGUGUUCUUAGAGUUCUUAGGGACGAGCCGAGUUCACCGGACGAUCCAACAGAUUUUUUCCCAAUGACUACUUCGAUGACAAGAGAAUUAAGACUGGAAUUGGAGUCUCUCGAUCGGCAAGUUUUUGGUCCUUCGCCACCGAGCGAGCAACAAUGUGAUUGCGUUCUCUCGAAACGAGAAAGCGAACUAGCGGAAAGUGAAACGGAAACGGAACUAGCUAGGUGUAGUCCAGUGGCGGAUGUGUUUGUGUGGGAAAAUCCGCUACAUACUUUGCAACAAAAGCAUCAUCCCGCGACUCCGGAUGAGCAAGCCGAUCUCGAAUACGACGGAGAGAUAUUGGAAGAUCAAAACGGUGUCAAGUCUGUAACACCUAUCAGAUUGCUUAAACGAAAUGCAAGAUCUGAAUCUGCGUCGGAUAGCGAGGGUACGGAAAGUUGGCAUCAAAAUACGGAGGCACCUGAGAGUCCGACGAAACAACCGGUUCAAGAGCAUUGCGAAGAAGCGACGGAGCUUACAAACUUGAUCCCAGCAGGAACCAGCGAGGAUCAGUCGGGAGAGAGUAAUCUACCGCCGCCGCACGAAUUCGGUGGUGGCAAUCCCUUCCUAAUGUUUUUAUGUAUUACGCUACUGUUGCAACAUAGAGACUUUGUGAUGCGAAAUCAGAUGGAUUACAAUGAAAUGGCCAUGCAUUUCGAUAAAAUGGUUCGACGACAUAAUGUGAUUAGAGUACUUAAUCAGGCAAGACAAUUAUUCGCUGGUUAUCUCAGAAGACAUUCCGCGACGUCGGCUAUCGGAAAGUCGGACUGCGUGAACGUUUAAAAAAAAAUGUAGCAUAUUUUCCCCUGGAGCUCUUCCACUGACAAGUACGCGACGAAUAACAUGUUCUACGCAUUAAGUCUUUAAAGGGUUUAUACGCGCACGUACCUUGCGCGAGAGCGCGCGUAUCUAUGCCAAUAAUUAACGUUUCAUAGCACUCGUUGAUUGAAAGCUCCCUUUUUGCAAUAUUUUACUCGACACGAAAGACUCCAACGAAGAGACGCAAAUAUUUGUCGCGUAUAUAAGAUGUAUCUAAUAUUGACGCGCGCCUUGAGACGGCAUUCAGCCUUAGCCGGCGAAUGGCACGCGUUGAGCCCCGUUACGGCGUUCGCUUACGCACGACACCAUAUCUCGAUACGAAUGCACGAUACCACCGUCAGCACCGCGUCGAUAAACCCUUUCGGCUGUACCUCGAAUUAGGAUUAAUCCCUAGCUUAAAUUUGUAAAGUAUCUUUAACUACCUUAGCGGCUACAUCUUAAUUUGUUCUCAAACGAUAUGCUUGAGAAACGACAAUAAAGUGCAUUUAAUUUUA